AUGUCGCUUGCUUCUGUGCGCAACAUGCGCUCACAAUGGUUUCCCCCGAAACCGAGCUUCACCGAGCAUACACUUCCGUCACAAAUCGGCCGCGUUUUCAUCGUCACGGGUGGCAAUGCGGGCGUGAGCUACGAGCUUGUCAAAAUCCUAUACGCUACCGGUGCCACUAUCUAUAUGGCGUCGAGAUCCAAAGAACGAGCAGAGAAGGCCAUCAAAGCAAUCACCAGCGCCGCCCCCGAAAACCCAGGUCAUAUCAAAGUCCUCCCUCUCGACCUCAACGACAUCGAAGGUGUGAAGUCUGCCGCCGCUUCCUUUGCCCGGCAAGAAUCAAAACUAAACGUCCUAUGGAAUAAUGCCGGGACCGGCGCACUGGGAGUCAAGGUCGGCGCGCGAACGAAACAAGGCUUUGAAGCUAUGGUUGGCAUGCAUUGUAUCGCAGCGCAGCUCUUCACGCAGCUAUUGAUUCCUCAACUCCGUGCAGCCGUUGGUACCAACGCUCCGCGCGGUUCGGUGCGCGUUGUGUGGACCUUCCUGGGCGAUGCAUCCUCACCCACCAACGGCAUCGACUUCACCACUCUUGAAAAGGGCACCUCGGACCGCACCCGAAACUACGCUGUAUCGAAAAUCGGUAACUGGAUGCUAGGUCGCGAGAUGGCCAUCCGUUAUCCCGAUAUUGUCUCCGUGACGCAGAAUCCUGGGAACCUCAAGGCUGGCUCAUACGCCGGGACGCCUGCCUUGGCCGUUCCUCAUCAAUCCGUUGCUCUACGAAGCUAA